CCACACUUGGGAUCCUUUGAUAACCGGGACUGUUCAAGCUUACUUUGAGGGAAUCUGUCAAAACCGGAUCAAAGACAUGGUUAGCAGUGUGAGGACUAGUCGAGUUCAACCAAACUGGAUUGGCGACACUCUCUGGAUUACGAUGGAGGAUUACUGGGACACUGAAGAAGCACAACAAAGGAGUAAAACCUACUCUGAUGCCCGUAUGUCUGACCGUAACGGCCUAGGUCCUCAUGUACACCUCUCAGGGCCAAAGUCAUAUCGACAGCUUCAAGACGAAAUGGUUGAGGAAUUGGGAAGAGAAGUCCGACUUGGUGAGGUUUUUAUCAAGGCACAUACAAAGCCUGAUGGUACAUAUGUUGAUCGGAAGGCAGAGAAGAUUGCUGGAACUUAUGAGAAGACUGUUCAAGAGAGGUUGUCUCAGCUCGAGGCAGAGUCUUUUGCUGUGUCGGAUGGAGAAUCACGGCCACGGGACCUCACAACAGAAGAAUAUACAGAAAUUUUCCUUGAGUCCACUGAGAAAGAUACAAGAGGAACACCUUAUGGAGUUGGAAUCCUCAAGGACUGCCUUGUCAAUGGAAAGCAUAAGCAAGCAUGUGGCUCUUCUACCUUUGUGGCGCUCGAAGAACAGUUGAAGAAGCUCAACGCAUGA